UUCUCUGUCUCUGUCUCUCUCUCUGGCUCUGGCUCUGCCCUUUUCUCCUAGGGAGGCUUCCUGAAGAAGAUGGGAUUUGACCUGGAAGGAAGCCGGGGAAAAGAGGGUGGAGAGGAGUCACGGGGGCCGUGUCUGCUGGAGACGGGAGAGGGUGGGACGGAGCGGCGCAGCCCCCGGAGUAAGGAAGCCCUGUUCCCACCCUCUGCCCUGAUAAGCCCCCAGCUGUGUGUUCUGUUCAGUCCCAGACUUACAAGGUCAUUCCUUGCUAAAUGGACACCCAGCAUGGAGAGGGCUCCCGGGGCGGGGCGAGCGCCUCCUCCUGGCCCGGCAUCAACAGUGGCCAACAACUCGCUCCCUUUGUCGGGGCUGGCCCGUUCUCCAACUCUGUGGCUCCCCAGGCCCCCGGGUGUCUGGAUGGAGGACGCCCAGUUCCCUGUCCCAUUAAAUAGGCCAAACGAGAGGCUGCAUUGAUUUCAGCGUUAAUCAGCUCUUCUCGCCAGCAGGCCGCUUCCAUAGAUGGCCAGAGGCUCAGUGGUCGGGGCCAUUGGGAAGCCCUGAUUCCGAAGGACCCAGGUCCUCCCCGGCUGGCAGAAGUAGAGAUGUUUCACUGCCUCAGUUUCUCGACUCGGGACAACGGCAGCACCGGCCUCCUAGGAUUAGGAAACUGAGGCAAGCAGGAUGAAGGACUCACUCAGGGUCACAAGCCGGGACCCAUCCAAGGCUGACUUUGAACUCGGGCCUUCCUGCCUCCAGAGCUGGUGCCCUCUGCCCCAUUAGCUCUGUCUUGGGGAGGUCGUUUCCUGACUGGGCAUUCUCUCUGGCUGAUCGAUUCUGACAGAUGUGGUUCUCCACAAUGAGAAGAUCCAGACUAGCUCCAAUGGCGUUGAGAUGAGAGCCGAGUGUGGACACGGCACAGUGCGCUCACUCUUCUUGUUGUUCGCGUGUUUGUUUCCUUCUCUGGCUUUUUUUCUGGUUCUGGUUUUUCUAGAUUUGGGUUUUCUCCUGCGGCAGAACCUGGUAACUGUAUAAGCCUGGGUGCGUGCAUCGGAUCUAACCCAUAUCUCUGCCAGGGUGAGCAUGUAUUGGAGGACUUGCCAUCUAGGGGAGGGCGUGGGAUAGAGGGGAUUGGAACACAGGGUUUCACAAUGGAGAACUGUCAUUAUUGAAAAAUAAAAAGCUUUAAUUAAAAAAAGCUUUCCUCAGUCCAGCCCCCGCCCUGCGGGAUUACCGUCACCACCAUGGUGCACAUCCACAGGGCUGCGCAUGAGCUGGGGGCUCCUUAUGGGUGGGGAAAUGCCCAAGUACUGCUCUUGCUGAGCCCUCUGGGGCCAAGAGAAGAAUCCCACUGUCGCAGUCACUGUCCAGACGGCUCAGGCAGCCCGUGCUCAGAUAAGGAGGCCCCAGACGCUGGGAGUCACGGACCCAAACUUUAACAUGGGUGGAAGCCGAGCCAUGGGGCACCUGCUGCACACUGAGCGCCCUUCCCAGGUUGGGGGGGGGGUGCUAAAUCUGCUUUUCUGCCCGCACAGCGCCCCCUCAUCUACGGAGCUCUGCUGCCUGGCCCCUAGUGAGCGGGCAGCAGGCUUCGGUGGGGCAGCAGACUUGUGAACGGUGCUCAGGGCAGCAGGUGCGAAUUUAGGGAUAUGGGGCAGCAUGGGGGCUCGGGGCAGCAGGCCCACGGCGGGCAUAUGGGGAAGCACAGGCACUCAGGGCUUCAGGUCCUUGUUCUCUUGGCCACUACGGUUCCUGGAUGGAGUCCCUGACCUCCCUGCACCCACAAUCCCAAGAUGUUUCUCAUCAUGACUCACAGCAGCCCUUUCAGGUCCUGCAGGCUGGGGACUUGUGGAUCCUCCCGGGCAGGAGAUGCCCUCCCUCUGCCCGUACAAGACAUCCCCUCCCUUGAGGGCAUCCCCUUCCCCAAAGGCAUCUCUCUUGUCAGGCACACCACCAUCCCAUCAUAGACUUUGGCCAACCAGAAAAAUCCCCCUCCCUGUCCCCGGGGGGUCUCCCCUGCCCCGGGAAGGACCGGAGGCAGGAGCCUGGGGUAAGUGAGAUGACCUUGUGAAAUUUGGGGCUCUUGGCCCCUCCCCCACCAUUUGUGGCAGGGAUCUCUCUGGGCAUUUCCUCUCCUGUCUGUUCUUCUCUUGCCUAAUCUGCCCCCGCUGCCUCCCUCCUUCUGCAUCUGCCUUGGCUCCCACCUUCUCUCUCCUGCUCCCUCACCCUCUCUGACUCGGCCUUUGGCUCUCUUACUUCUCCCUCAUCUUCCUGUCUUUACCCCGGGCCCAGAGCGGGCUGGGGAGGCCUGCGGCUUCUGCAUCUCAAGGGCCCCAGAGCCCCCUCCCAAGUGGGGGGACCGGGAGGCCUGGCCACAAGGGGGGGGGUGGCCGAGCCCCCCGGGCGCCUUCUGGGGGAAGUCGCUGGUCCUGCCCAUGUGAGGCAGAGGCAGAGCAGCCCUGAAGCCACGGCGAGAUGGACGGCGGCCCGAAGUUCGUGGAAAAGCCCUCGUUGUCGGUUGGGCUGUCAUGGGAACCAAGACACAACUAACAGGAGAGGCUGGAGCCAGAAACGCAGAUAAUGGCAGAGAGGGACGGAGACACAUGGGCCCUAGGGCCCCCACCCUGCCAAUGCCAGUUGCCCAGGGUCCCCACCCUGCCAGUGGGGGCCUGUGGGGACCCCCCUGCCACAGGCAGCCCCUGAAGACAGCUCUGUCCCGCUCCCCAUGAGGUCUUGCUGUGAUGUCAGCCAGGAUGUAUGGGGGGGGGCAGAUUCAGCAGCAAUCCCAGAGCCCCCUUGGCCCCAGCGCCUUUCUCUCGCUGCCCUGAGGGAGUCGAGGCGCUCCCCACCCGGGCAGGGGCCGGCCUCUCUCAGCGGACCCAGGGCCGGAGGAGUUUGCCCCAGGGCGGCCUGGCCAAAAUGCCCCCUCCCGGGCAGCGCCCGCUGUCCCUCCCCAAUCCAAAUGCGGGGGAGAAGGUUUUGCUUUCAUUUCUUUUGCAGGUUUGGAGGUUUCUUUCCAGACACCAGCAGCGAUCUCCCCUGAGGGGAGUCAGGGCGGGGUUUGGGGUGCAGCCCGAGGGUCCCUGGGAAUCGGCCGCUCUGGCGCCUGGGGAGCAAGCUAAAGGCUCCGGGUCAGGAGAGGCGCCCCCUCCCCCCUCGCCCCCCCUCCCCCCCCCCCCCCCCCCCCCCCCCCCCCCCCCCGCCACAGGUGACCAGAUCCCACGCUGUGGCCGCCCCCUCCCAGCCCCCUCCCCGCCUGACAGACUGACGGAGGGACAGACAGCUCCCUGCGGGGGCGGGGCGGCCGGGGCGGGAUGGGCCCCUCCUAUUCUCGGAAUCCGAGGGUGGCCGCGCUCCCGGGAAGGAGAGGGGGAAUUCCGGCCCUCUCCUCCAAGGUGGGGGGAGGGGGGGCUCGGAGCGCGCGCUGGGGGCUCAGGCCGCCCCCUCCCGUCGGGGUCCCCGCUGUCGGGGCGGGGGCGCAGCGGAGGCAGAGCCGGGCCCUCCGGGGAGCCCCCGGCCCUGCCUGCGUCCUCCUGGGCGCCCCAGCCCGCAGCGGGAGGAACAAUCUCUGUUUCCAAUCAGCAACAAAUGGUUUCCGUCUGCCCCCGCCAAGUCCGCUUUUGUGUCGGAUUUAAAUAUUUAUAUCCACAUCCCCAUGGUUACUGCUUAUGUAAGGGGGGAGGGGGAGGGAGCGGAGGAGCCCUCUCAGGGAAUGGAAGCGCCUCCCCGGGCCAGGGCUCUCCGCUCCCCGCCCCCCGCCCCGACACCCCCAGCAGAGGACCCGCCGAGAGGGCCGUUUUACAGAGGGAGAAACUGAGGCCACAGGAGAAAAGGGGAUUUGGCUGAGCAGUUAGACAAUUACCCAAGCAGCAGAGCCGGGGCCGAGCUUCCGAGGCUGCUUUCUCUUGGGUGGGAUGAUCUCUGGGCUUUGAUCCCUGCCCACCUUUCCCCCUUUUAUCAGGUCGUGGGGGAGCAAAGGCAGCAGGCCGAAGCUCAGAAGGAUCCUGUGACUUAUUUCACACACAUCAGGGCCCUUUAGAGCAUCAUCACCAUCACCAUCACCAUCAUCAUCAUCAUCACCACCACCCCCCCCCCCAUCAUCCCCAUCCCUAUCACAGCACUGGGGCAGUGGCCAAAAGUUUCCCCAACACGUUACAGACAGCGCCUCCCUUGAUCCCCACAUCUCUGGAUGCAGGAGCUGUCGUUCCCCCCACGUUGUUACCCCCAAUUCCCCAGAAAACUGAGGCAGACGGGGGGGGGAGAGGCGGGGGGCUCACACCGCUGGGAAGCGUCUGAAGCAGGAUCUGAAUUCAGGCCUUCCCCGCUCCCCGUCCUCUACCCUGUUCAGCUGGCAGGCGGACUAACGAACGAACUAACUAACUAAAAUGGUUUCAUUCCUCUGGUCUAUGGGCUAGGGAAAGAGAAGUCCUGGGCAGCCGCGCAAUUCAGUGAAAAGAAUUCUGGUCUUUGACCACGUCAUAAUCAGCUGGUCUCAAUUUUCUCACGUGUAAGGCAAUGAGCAUUUAUUAACUGGUCUCAAUUUUCCCACGUGUAAGGCAGUGAGCAUUUAUUAAGUGCCUACUGUAUGCUAGGCACUGUGGUUCUAUAAACCCAAACAGUUCCUGCCCGAGAUGUUCCCGCUCUCUGGGGAGUGGAGGAUGAGAAGGAGGACAGACAGCAAAUUCAGCCCAAAGAUCAAAGGAAUCAGGUGGGAGGAUGGGGACGCUGGGGAGAGGGCUCCAGCCCCCAAAAUAUGUUGGGGUCUUGGGCUGCUGUCCUGGGCCGUCUCAAAGGCAUUUAUGAGCUGAGACCUUCUCCAAAUCAACAGGCAGAGAGUUUGUCACGAUGCCAUUGACUGGGAGGGAGUUAGCCUUCCCCAAAGGGAGAGGUGGGGGCCGAGAGUCCCAGUAGAUCUCACCGUUACAGAAGGAAGACCCCGUAGCCUGGCAAUACUCACAGGCCGGAAGGCAGACUAAGUUCCGAAAAAGGAGUUUAACAGCAAGGGGGCUGGGAUACAGACAGCUUCUUUUGCAGAGGAAAAGUGACUUUGGGGGCUGACAUCAUGACUUGGCUUUCUGAUCGGAUACCGAAAAUUGUGGGGUCACAAUGACUCUGUCAAUGUAAGGAACCGUCAAGGGCCCGUAGGUCCCCUUCAGGCUGGGAUGAUCCUGUCAGUGCUCCUCCGGCCAGCCUGGGGGUAGCAGGAUUCCCGGAGUUUCCAGUGAUUCAGGCUCUCUCAGUCAAAGCCCAUCUAGCUACCAGGAUCCCACGCGGAGGCCUGUGGGGGAGGGGGGUGCAGAUGUGAUGGGCAUAAUAAAAAGGGGGCUCUGGAAGGCACAAAGAAGGGGAGCAUAGAAGGGGAAAGGGAUGAGGUAGUGAGGGGUGGUGGCCAGGGAAGGGUGGCCUACCGGGAUAUCAUUGUGGUAUAAUGCGCCCUCUGGCAGCGCUCACGCUCCUGGGUCGGGGUCCUGGAGCGCUGCCUCUGGGCGUGGCGGGGUCUCCUUCCAUUGCUGCAGCUCUUGAGUCCCCAGCAAUGCACUUCCCCAAGAGGUGCAGCCAACACGGCAGAAGAGAGACGGCAGCCCAGCUGAGGUCUCCCAUCAAUCCCCUUCAAACGACUUGAAAACGAUGCCUGAAAUCGAUUCUAGAAUAGAAUAGAAACUUUGAGAUGCCCAGAACUAGCUCUGAAAACGGCAGCCCAAAAAGAGCCCAACAAGAAUUUCUGAAACAGCUAAAAAAGUUAUGAGUAGUAGAGGAAAAACUGAACCAAAGGGUAAAAGAGGCACAAAAACUCAUUGAAGAAUAUAAUUCCUGAAAACUGGGACACUGAUGCGUUGUUGGUGGAGCUGUGAACGAAUCCAACCAUUCUGGAGAACAAUCUGGAA